ACAAGGAAUCGUGGCAAUAAAAAUAAUUUGGUUCAGUGUUAGUUCCUCUUCCAAACACUCUCCUCUCUCUAGUUUCACCGCCGCCGCUUCUCCGCCUUCUCGCCGCCGUGACCAUCUUCCUUCGCCGUUUCUCUUCUUCUUCUUCUUUGUCUGUCCAUCUCUGUGUUUUCUCUCUCCCUAGCCUCUUCCUCUUCGCGUCUCCUUUCUCUUUCUUCCUCUUGCUUGGACGUCAUCUCCAAUGGCGAUUCUUAAUCCAGUGAGUUUCACGUUUUUACCAACGACGCAUUAGAACAGUCGUCAUCCGUUGAGUCCAUCGCCGCCGGUACCUAAUCCUGAGUCAGCCGGUUCGUCCGCAAUUUCUCCGUUUCCGGUUUAGGUGGAAUUGGCUUCUGUUGGAUCCGGUUUUUCAAAAACCGAGGAUGGUUUUGAACUCUUCUCGGCUUCUUCUUCGCGUUGGUGUAUUCGGUUAUUUGAUCUCUCCGUUUUGAAUUUCCGGGGCAGGUGAUAAUUGACCGGUCCUGACUCUCCUUUGACCGGCAUUGACCGAGCUCGAGACUCUUCGUACUCACUGCUGCUUGUUUCUGAGGUUUCAUCUCUUCAGAAUCUGUCAGUAUCAUCGCUCGAGGAGUCAAAAUUCUAUGCCUCUUUCGGUCAGUUCAUCGGGAGAAUCGGGUUUUCUCUAAUGGGUCAUCUUCAAUCAGGCGAAUGAGCGUUUUCUGUUCCUUUCCUCAUCUGGGUUUCUUUCAAAACUCGCAGUUAGUCAUCCGGGUCUCCUCUCACAUCGAGUAUUUCCACUUAAUUGAGGAUUUCGAGCUGAGAAGCUGGAAAAUCUGGGUUUUGCUUUAUCGAAGUGAUCGAAAAUUUCUGAGUUUCGGGCUCCGAAAUGAAGGAUUUCAGGUUGUUCAGACAAAUCUCCAACAACGUGAACGAACGGCGACUGUCUCUGGGAGAGUACAAGAGAGCCGCGUCUUGGUCCAAAUACUUGGUUUCUUCGGGUGGAGAGAUUAAAGGAGAGGCAGAAGAAGAAUGGAGUGCGGACAUGUCUCAGCUUUUGAUUGGUAACAAGUUUGCUACAGGAAGACAUAGUAGGAUCUACAGAGGGAUUUAUAAGCAGAGAGAUGUAGCCAUUAAGCUCGUAAGCCAGCCCGAGGAAAACGAAGAACUGGCUCGUCUGCUCGAACAACAGUUCACUUCCGAGGUUGCCCUGUUGUUCCGCUUAAGCCAUCCAAACAUCAUCACUUUUGUCGGCGCUUGUAAGAAGCCUCCCGUCUUCUGCAUAAUCACGGAGUAUCUCUCGGGGGGAUCUUUAAGAAAGUACCUGCACCAACAGCAGCCGCACUCUGUGCCUCUCGCCCUCGUUCUGAAGCUGGGAUUAGACAUAGCCCGUGGAAUGCAAUACCUGCAUUCACAAGGUAUCCUCCACAGAGACCUAAAAUCCGAGAAUUUACUCCUCGGCAAAGAUAUGUGCGUGAAAGUAGCCGACUUUGGGAUCUCGUGUCUGGAAUCACAGUGUGGGAGUGGCAAGGGUUUCACUGGAACUUACCGGUGGAUGGCGCCCGAGAUGAUCAAAGAGAAGCGCCACACCAAAAAGGUCGAUGUCUACAGUUUCGGUAUCGUGCUGUGGGAGCUUCUGACUGCUUUGACUCCGUUCGAGAACAUGACUCCCGAGCAGGCUGCUUUUGCCGUUUGCCAGAAGAAUGCGAGACCGAGACUGCCAUCAACGUGCCCUCCUGCGUUAAGACAUCUGAUAACUAGAUGCUGGUUGAGCAACCCGAAGAAGCGGCCUCACUUCAGCAAGAUAGUCGCCGUUCUUGAGAGUCACGCCGAGUCUCUGCGUCGAGACCCCGGGUUCUUUUGCGAAUACAAUCCCGGAAAUUCAUCUCCUCCGUCUCUCUUCUGCUUCCCACAGAGGUCAAAACGGCGUUCUUGUUUAGGGUUUUAGACAUAUUUUUUCACUCAGAAGUUGCUUUGUUUCAACGGUUCUUGGAGUGUUUGCUUUCUUCCGUUUGAGAAAGUGUAUAUUGGAAGGAAGAUUGGUUUGUUCAGUUGAAUUGCUGCAUAAAGUUCAUGUAUUUCAUUCCAAUGUGCACGAGGCAUCCUUUCAAUUCAUAAACUUCUCCA